UUAAAACAUGCACCUGUUUUGUAUACUCCACACUUCAUAUUGGUAUAAAAUGAUGGAGAUUUCACUAGUGUCUGCACAGUGUUAAGGCUAGCUCCACCUCAAACACUAUAAAUAUAUAUAAGUAGCAGUUGCAGUUGGUCGCACUAAUUCGGUGGCUUUUCUUAUUAUAAAUUUCAUUUUAAUAUGGCGAAAAUUUUUGAGUUCUUCAGCGUGGUGAUAGCCAUUUUGGCUAUAACCAAUGCUGCAUCGGUGGAUUUAACAGCAUGUGAGACUACAACAGCGCCUCCGUGUUCUACGACUCCUCCACAAACAACUCCUUGUAUAACAACAACAACAAUCACUCCAGUAAUAACCACGUUACCGCAAACCACAACAACUACUACGACUUCAACUACAACAACAACCACAACUACUCCAAGCACGACAACGACCACUACUCCAAGGACAACCACUACAACAACUACACCGUGCACAACAACUACCACUACUUCAAGCACAACAACUACUACUACUACUCCAAAGACAACAACAACCAUAACUACAACUACUCCAACCACGACAACGACCACUACUCCAAGAACAACCACCAUAACAACUACAACGUGCACAACAACUACCACUACUCCAAAGACAACAACAACCACCACUACUCCAACGACAACAACAACUACUACUCCAAAGACAACAACAACCAUUACUCCAAUCGCAACAACUACACUGUGCACAACAACUACCACUACUCCAAAGACAACAACAACCACAACUGCUCCAAGCACCACAACGACCACUACUACAAGCACAACGACAACGACCACUACUCCAAGUACAACUACAACGUGCACAACAACUACCAGUACUCCAAGCACAACUACUCCAAUUACAACAACAACCACUACACCAAGGACAACAACAACGACUACUCUAACGACAACAACCACUACUGUAAGCACAACCACCAGAACAACUACACCGUGUACAACAACUACAACUACUCUAACGACAACAACAACAACUACUCCAAAGACAACACAGACAACAACCACAACUACUCCAAGCACCACAACGACCACUACUCCAAGGACGACAACUACUCCAAGUACAACUACAACGUGCACAACAACUACCAGUACUCCAAGCACAACGACUCCAAUUACAACAACACCCACUACACCAAGGACAACAACCACGACUACUCUAACGACAACAACCACUACUGUAAGCAAAACCACCACAACAACUACACCGUGUACAACAACGGCUACUACUCUAACGACAACAGCAACAACUACUCCAAAGACAACAACAACCACAACUACUCCAAGCACCACAACGACCACUACUCCAAGGACGACAACUACUCCAAGUACAACUACAACGUGCACAACAACUACCAGUACUCCAAGCACAACUACUCCAAUUACAACAACAACCACUACACCAAGGACAACAACAACGACUACUCUAACGACAACAACCACUACUGUAAGCAAAACCAUCACAACAACUACACCGUGUACAACAACGGCUACUACUCUAACGACAACAACAACAACUACUCCAAAGACAACAACAACCACAACUACUCCAAGCACCACAACGACCACUACUCCAAGGACGACAACUACUCCAAGUACAACUACAACGUGCACAACAACUACCAGUACUCCAAGCACAACUACUCCAAUUACAACAACAACCACUACACCAAGGACAACAACAACGACUACUCUAACGACAACAACCACUACUGUAAGCAAAACCAUCACAACAACUACACCGUGUACAACAACGGCUACUACUCUAACGACAACAACAACAACAACUACUCCAAAGACAACAACAACCACAACUACUCCAAGCACCACAACGACCACUACUCCAAGGACGACAACUACUCCAAUUACAACAACAACCGCUACACCAAGGACAACAACCACUACUGUAAGCAAAACCAUCACAACAACUACUCCGUGUACCACAACUACCACUACUCCAACGACAACAACAACCACAACUACUCCAAGAACCACAACAAUCACAACGUGCACAACAACUACUUCUGCUCCAACGACAACAACAACAACAACCACCACACCAAGGACAACAACAACUGCUACCCCAAGCACAACCACCACAACAACUACUACACCGUGCACAGAAAAACAAACGACUCCUCCACCAACAACACCUUGUAUAACAACUCCAGCAACAACACCAUGCCCAAACUCAUUGUCAGUUACUUCUAACAGUAAACCAAUGUCUUCCCCACAGGGUAUGGUAUCGAACAUGGAUAACUAUUUGGAGAACAUUUGCUUAGAUAAGAGGAACGGCUUUUUGUUGCCUUCGUUGAGAAAUUGCAAUGAUUACUACGUCUGCCGCAAUGGAGUUGCUGUCGAACUCAGCUGUGCUAAACUCCAUUUCAAUCCAUUGAAGGGAGUCUGUGAUCGACCUGAAUAUGCUGGUUGUCUCCUUGCUUAAAAUUUUCAAGCACAGUAGUUAUUGACAGGGAAAUUUGCGAUUAAAAACCCUCAUUAUACAUACACACAUAUAUU